AUGGGAAGACGAGAGGGUGAACUGCAGCGUAGAGAGUGUACGGCUGGUCUUGCAGCCUUGCACGAGUCUGUGGUCCGGCAUCCUGUGCGUCCCCCGCCUGGGAUCUGUGGAGCCCACAGUCUCCUUUUGGAAAUCCCUCACAUCAGCUGCUUUCAGAACCAUCACAGAACUUGCCACAUCCUCUGUAUCCUGGGCCUUGUCUAUGAAGUGAUCCUCUUCCUCCUGGCCCACCUCAGACCACUCCUCAAGGGAGAAGAAAACGGCUUUCCAGACAGUACUGGAGAUCCCCUUUCAGAUGUAAUCAAAGGCGAGUCCUGCAAGGAGAACUGUACUUGUCCCUCCUGCUCGCUCCGGGCCCCGACCAUAAGUGACUUACUCAAUGAUCAGGACUUACUUGACGUCAUCAGGAUAAAGCUGGAUCCAUGUCACCCAACAGUAAAAAACUGGAGGAAUUUUGCCAGCAAAUGGGGCAUGCCCUAUGAUGAACUGUGUUUCCUGGAGCAGAGGCCUCAGAGCCCCACCCUGGAGUUCUUGCUGCGGAACAGCCAGAGGCCAGUGGGUCAGUUGAUGGAGCUGUGCAGGCUGUACCACAGGGCCGACGUGGAGAAGGUCCUGCACAGGUGGGUGGAUGAGGAGUGGCCCAAGAGGGGGCGUGGAGAUCACCCCAGGAACUUCUAGACCUCUGCUUCUUUGCACUGGCCUCUUUGGACCUGGAGAAAACCACAGGUUAAGGAGGAAUGGGGAUCUGUUCUUCUUCUUUUUUUUUUUU